UUUCGCAGGCUGUAGUUUUGACGGAAAAGCAUGAGCAAGUUCUAGCCAACAUUACUAAACAUUUUGAAAGUGUUACUGAAUCUGUUUGUAAUUGGUUCAUUAAAUUUGUCGAGAAAGUGAUUGUUCUGGUCGAAAGCAAAGAGUGUGGCGUCGCAGAAUUAACUACAUUUAGCAAGCAAGAAGAAACAAAGUUACAGUCAAUGAUUGAGGAAUAUUGCAGGGAUUUGAACGAAUUAUAUAGCAAAAUUGCUCUAGAUGAUAUAGCUGCUGACUGGAACUCUUAUUACCAUACCUUGAGAAAAAUAACUGAAGAGCAAAUCAGCAGCUUGAAGAUCUUAAUAGACAAGCUCUAUGAAGAAGACGUAGGCUCUGUAACUCAACAUAUUGAUUGUUCUUUGAUCAAGGGUCAAUUCCAAAAAACUGUAUUCAACCAAUUAGCUGAAGCGAAGGCCCAAUUCGCUGAUAAGUUUAAAAUGACAGCUAUUAGCGAAGUAGAAGCUAACAAGUUUUCCAGUAAUGCUGACCUCAUCAACGACGAUCCUGGAUUCACGCGUACGCAAGAGGCCGUAGAACCUAUAACCAUUUAUAAUUCUGUUCAAGAAGCCCAAAACGUUUUUAAAUCUAGAGCCACAAAUACAAUUGUUAUAUUUCAAGAAAAGAUUGCUAUUUGGUAUGACACUUUGUUCAACAACAUUCAAAAGGUUCAAUUGGUAGCCACUGAUUGUAUAGAGUUGAAGAAGAAAGUUGAAGCCAUUGUUAGUCAAGCGCUUGAGGAAAUAUCAAUCAUUAUGGAAGAUACAAAACUCACAUUCAAACAGCAGUCUGUUGUUUCUGAGAAUAACUCGACAGAAAUAGUAAAUUCUACACAGAAGGCUCAAAAACAAGUAAUUACGUUGUUGGAAAAUGUUCAUGAAGUUAUCAAUGAGCAGAUUACUACGCUGGUAAAGUUUGCGAUCAACGAAGACCUCAAUUCAACUGAAGAGAAUUUUGUUAUUCUGCAAGAGCAAGCAAAGCAUAAGACACAGGCAGCCUUGGAAAAUAUAGUUUCCGCAGGUGUUUCCGUUGGUUUCGAGGGCAAAACUAUUGAACUCGUGAAAACUGCCAUCAUUCCUGAAUCUUUCAAAAAUGUGAAAUACAUUGCUUUUGAUAUAAUGGGUACUAUCGUCAAUUAUCAUGCUACGAUUGCCAACGAAUGGUCUCGGUUACUUUUCCAGAAGAAAACAAAGGAGAGUGUUUACUGUAUUCUCAAUCAAAUCGAUAUUCAUGCUUUUGCUAUACGAUGGUACGGGUUGUACCUGGAAAAACGUCUACAAGUCAGUUGGAGCCAAUCGGACAUUUCUUUGCUUCUGGCUACAUUAAAGUCGCUCUUGGCUGAAUAUCUCAUUCCCCCAACCGCGUUCAGUGAAGCUGAAUUACAAACUUUGGCGUCUGCUUGGUUCAAGUUGCAACUUUUUGCAGAUGCCUCUGCCAGUAUCAAAAAGUUGAAGCAGCUCCGUAACAUGUAUGUCAUCUCUAUAUCUUAUGCCUUUUCUAUUCGCUCUAUGAUGGAUCUAGCUCGAUAUAAUUGUUUUUGUUGGCACGCUCAAUUCACGGCUGACAUAUUUGCCGCCUGCACCGUUAAUAAUGGUACCUUACCGCAAGAGACACUUAUUUCCAACAUGCCUAUGCUGCUUGGUAUUGAAAAUACCGAUGAAAUCGCUAUUGUUUCCGCUGAUCCUGUCAUUCUUAAUGCUGCUAAAGCUCAUGGUUUCAAUACCGUUUAUAUUGACCAUCAUGCCAUCAGCAACGAUGCUUCCAAUAUUCAUGCAGAAACCGUUAAUAAUGAACAGAUAUUUGCAGAUAUUGAAUUUGAUGGACUCGAUGUGUUCGCUGAAAGUUUCGAAACGUUUCAUGCAGUUAAAGCGGCUCCAGUUCCUGUGAGUUCCUUUGACAGCAAUAUUUCCGGUUCUCGCAGCUGGUUUCAAAGGAUGGUUUCAAAGGUUACUGAUACGGCUGAAGUCCUUAAACAUACCAUUAUCGAUUAAACUAAAGCCAUUUCAUUGAUUGGAAAAUUGGGUACUUUUACCUUUUCAUCACCGAUAUACUAUCACUACAGCAAUAAACAAAUUCAUUGAGCUUCUAAUCAAACAUAUAAAUAAAUAUACGUUUAGCCUAUACAUGUCACGCCCUUUUUGACAGCGGCAUACAGAAAUAAAUCCGUUCAAAAUUUAAAAGUGUAAUCAAAAAUCUAAUUUGUUUUCAGCGUCUCUUAUUUAAAUUAAAGUUUUUUCCGGUUAAGAAUGUACUUUUUGACAAAAGUUCCUCUCUAGGGGAGCUUUUUACUUAAGGCGUUCUUAUAAAUGAGAAGAGGUAAAUGAAACGCAGGUGAUGUUGAGAGAAUGCUUCAAUUUAAUCAAAGAGAGGUAAGCCGAAACCAUA